UCAGGAUUGCCGCGCGAAUUCCACGCUCACUCACAUCUCAAACCCGAUUGCAAUCCACUUUAAUUUCCUACCCGGACAACAAACAGCUCCAUGAAGUUGGGAGGACACAUUACCGCAAGAAGUGGAGCUGAGACAAUUUACGAACUAGGCGUGAACGCUGCCUAACUGGGCGCCCCUCGCGAAUGGCGCCAGUGACCUUGAGUGGGAUCGAUAAUGAUCUUAAGGAUGUAAUUCAGCACCUUUUCGAAAUCCAAUCCGCCGUCCAUGGAUAUCUGGGCCCUGAAACACAGCAGGAGCUUGUGCGGAAAAUAAAGUCCUUAACGCUCUCCCUCUCAACCCUCUCCGAGCAUUCCCGCCCUGACCCGACUGCCUCCCCUUCCGAACCAUCCCUACGCAUAAAUGAUCCCGACCCGCCCCUCCAAUCCGUCCAACUUCCUCCAGAAAUCAUAGAUUACGUCGACGCAGCACGUAACCCGGAUAUUUACACGCGAGAAUUCGUUGAGCUUGUGCAACGCGGCAAUCAGGAUUUGAAGGGAAAGGCGGAAGCCUUUGCUAGUUUUCGGGAUAUUCUGGCACGGGAGAUGGCGAGCGCCAUGCCAGAGUGUAAAGGGGAGGUUGAGAGGGUACUGAGAGCUACUGGUGGAAGCACAACGGGCGGAGCAGGUUCACUGGAUGGAAAUACGCAGCGUAAUGCCGAUGUGAGCAUGAGUGGCGGUAUGUCCGGGAAUGGGGAUAAUAAUAAGAAUGGGGGUGGGAGCUGAGCGUCGUCCUUGUUGGUGCCAAAGGAUUAUGUUUCAAGGCAAGUUUUUACCGGACUGUGGCCGGAUUGUUUUGAUGCGGCCCACGGGCGUUGUGAGUGGGUGGUCCCGAGAGACUUUCCAUUAUUGACUAGUUUUGGACUGCUCUAUGGGUAUCUGGAUUGGAUACUUUCGUCGUGUGCUCCGUACGUAGGACUGCGUCCGCAGUAUGAUGUUUUUCACCUUCUCUGUCUAGUUCCCUGCUGAGCGUAACUUGUCGCAAGAAGCCUGCUUUCCACGCCACAGGUGCAUAUUGAUUGGGUUUUUGAACUCCCCACGACCGAGCGCCCUAGGCCCACGACACACUUCCAGAACGACUGUAUCCAGCUUUCUCUGAGAAGGAAAAAAUAAAAACAAAGGGUAAAAAGCAAAUAAAGAUACAAAAGAAGAAAAUGAAAAAAGAAAAGAAUAUGGAUGCUUGCAACUUGUAUUCGGACGUGACCGCUUCUAUUAUUC